GGAUCUGAAGUGCUAACAGGAAAGAUCCCUGCAACAGAAGAGUUAAAAGCAAGUUAUUCCUGUAGCUGUUCCUGUCACGUGACUUCAUUUUCCUUGGCAGCUUGUCAACGUUACAAAAGCAGAAGAAGCAAAGUCCUCCCCAGACCCCAAACAUCAUUUUGCUUUGCUCAGUCUUGCUUUUCUUGGACUCUGCUCUCACUUAAUAUGGAAUCAAGCUGGUUGGUCAUCUUGCUUAGGACAGGGGUCCAGCUCUUGGCCCUCCCUAUAUACUUGCUGUGGUAUCUGGGCUUGUGGGGGCCCUUUUGCAAGAAAGCAUUCCCACACGUCAUGGCCCAGGUGGCUGUUUCUUAUAAUAAGAAAAUGUUCAGCAAGAAAAAGGAACUUUUUAGCAACCUGAAAGAUUUUGCAGGCCCCUCGGGGGAGCUCACACUGUUGGAAAUCGGAGCAGGAACCGGAGCUAAUUUUGAGUUCUACCCAGCAGGAUGCAGACUCAUAUGCAAUGAUAGCAACGACAACUUCAACAAAUUUCUUUACAAGAGUCUGUCUCAGAAUCCACACCUGCAACUGGAGCGCUGCGUGAUUGCGCCUGCCGAAGACUUGCAGCAAAUACCAAACGCCUCAGUGGAUGUUGUGGUUUGCACCUUGGUGUUGUGCUCAGUGAAGAGCAUCGAAAGAGUCCUAAGUGAAGUUUGCCGAGUGCUACGACCAGGUGGUGCUUUCUACUUCUUGGAGCAUGUUGUCGGGCCUCCGUCCAGCUGGAACCUCUUCUGGCAGCAAAUCUAUGACCCAGUUUGGCAGAUUCUGUUUGAUGAUUGCCACUUAUUAAGAGAAACCUGGAGAGACCUGGAAAAAGCUGGAUUUUCAGAGCUGAAGCUAAGGCACAUAUGUGCCCCUUUAGACACAAAUCCUUUAAAGCCUCAUAUCAUAGGCUAUGCUGUGAAGUGACAAAAAAAGUCUAUUAUGCAGGACUUUAUGAACACCUGUGUAUCUGUGUUAACCUCCCUAAUAUGAGAAUAUCCAGCAUGUGGACCUCUACCACAAAGCAGGCUUGCCCCAUUGAUUUUGUCAUUAUGAACUAUUAAUGACCAUCAACGUAUUAGGUCCAUAGGAAGGUUUGAAUUUCAGCCAUUACCCCCUUAAACAAACUAACUGGCAGGUGACUGAGAAUUGUACUUUGUUACACUUCUUACAGCACCAAGUACCAUGUCCCAUCAUGGGUCCUGAAGUAUGUAUGCUUAUACAUUCAUCAUAACCAAUAUAAUGGUUAUCAUUAUUACCCGCCCCAGAAAACUCCAGUAAAAUAAAUUACAGUUAUUUCCUGAAAAUGCAAAAGUGAUGUAAAGUUGAUUAAAUCUACUCAUUUAAAAACUA